CUGACCUUUGAUGAUCCAUGGAUCACACAAAGGAUCCGUUCCUUUAUCGUGAAUUUGUGAACCUAUCUUGCAGUCACUGUGUUAUGAUGUACUGAAUAAGUCCAAAGAUAUAAUCAAUGGAGCCAAGGGAUCCUUCCCAACAUGUGUCCACCAGAAGGGAUGAAUGCCAGAAAGAUGAUAACGAUGACCCUGCUGAUUAUGAUCAUAGAAGAGAAGAUGAGAUUGUUGAAAAUAAUGAUCUUAUUGGAACUGAACAUUCGGUUGAGCAGAGUAGUAUCAAUGACAACAUGUUAAGUGAGCACAAAGAAUUUGAACACAUUGAUCUGCCAUAUUGUAAUGAUCAACCACCAAAAGCUCACUUGAAUGAUUCCAUUGCUGCACAGAAACAUAAGGACAAUGUUGUCACAGCAAAACACUCAACUCAUCAUAACCCUAAAAGUGCUUAUUAUGAACAAGGUCAUGAUGGACUAAAAAAGAAAGGGGUGUGUCAUGACCAGGAUGUUUAUCUUGAGGAACAUGAUAAAAGGAGAGAGGUUGAAAAGAUUGAUCCAGCCAUUGCAAUAAAAGAUGCCCUUAAAGAAGCAUGUCUGGAUCAUAUACCACACAAAAGGCUGCUGGAGAUAGAAGGUUUCAUUACCAUUCGUUCAGAUGAGGGUCAAGAGGUUAGACUUCAUCUCAAUGAAACCAUCAGGAAUUCUACGAAACUAUCAGAUGACACCAAAAGGAUAAAAUCCAGAGUAUCUGACCCAUUUCCUAUCCUCCACCCUGAAUCUCACAGUGCAGAAAGAGCAUCUCAGGAUAUCUCUAUUUAUAAAAGAAGAAUGUAUGACUUUGGGGCUAGAAGUCGUUCCAAUAGUCCAUAUAAUAGAACAGAAGCUCACACACAAGUGACAAAGCAGAAACAUAAACAUAGAUCUUUUGAGUAUAAUAAUGAAAGAACACAGAUUAAUGAUGUGAAUGAGAGUGACUAUGUGAGAGACUCCCCACAAGAUGACACAAGUGUUAUAAGGGAGGCUUAUAUCAAUGAACAUACCCAGAAUAAUUCUCAUAUCUCUGUUGGUAACGAUGGCACUGAAAAUGAUGAAUCAAAUAUUGAAAAUGUAUCCCAUCUCAGCAAUGAAAGCGAGAGGAAUUCAAGACUGGACAGAAUUGCUCAUCAGUUGUGGAAAAGAAAUAUGGAAGGAGCAGACGGCAGUUUUCAUGAUGACCAAGAUGAUGCUGCCCCACCUGGUGAGCAAAUUGAAAACUCUGAUCCCAAUAUUGAUAUUAUUAAACUUCAACAGUUAGCCGAGAAAGCAGUUUCUGAGGGACUCAAAACUUUUCACCAGGAGAUGAUUCAAAGAUCUAAUCCCCCAUUAACCAAUGAGAGUGAUAGUAUGUAUAAUACUGACAAAUUACAUAACAGUACUCAUCCGUCAACCAAUAGGAGUCUACAUAACUAUAACCAAACAAACAGUAGUUCUAAUUUGAUGACCUCCAAUAACUUUGUACGUAAAGAACAAAUAGGUAGCCAUGAUCCUCAAACAUAUCGUACUAACGAAGAUGACAAAACUGGUAAAAAUAAAGCCAGGAGGACUUGUGAAAUAUGUGGUAGGUCUUUCUCCUUUCAAACCAACUUAACGAGGCAUAUGAAAAAUGUCCACAAGAAACCAAGUUACAGAAUGGACCUGAGUGACCCUUUGGAGACGAGUGUUGUAAAUAUCUCAAGUCCUAACACAAGUGGCUCCCUCUUCUCAAGUGCUUCAGUGUCUUUACCCUUCUCGGACAGCAGUAACAUUACAGAUAACUUGUCUGGCAAUAUGGCACCCACUAAUAAAGAAUCUGAUGGAAAUAAUAAAACAAACAGUACAGUAGAAAAUACUCCAAUUAAGAUGGAAGUUUUGGAUGAUAGCUCUGAUUCUUUGAGCAAGGAAAAUGACCCGAGAAAGGAAAAUGAAAAUGAUUCAAGAGGAAGAAUUGAACAAUCACAACCCAGGCCAACUAACGUUCAAGUUCCCCUAUAUCCACAUCUGUUCAAUACCCUGCCCCAAGAUUUGUAUGCAGAUAGAAGGCUGUAUCAGCCUUUACGGAGAUCAUUAAAUCUUGUUCCUGGUGUCAAUCAGCAUGAAACUCCUCCCCCUCAUCACUUCAGGUCUCAGUCAGACAGCCUCAUUCAAGCAUCUAGCGCUGUCAACAUUCACUUCCCAAGACUUGUAACAAGUUCAGAAAAUUCACCUGUUGCAGUGGAAAAUUCCACCAAUGCAGCAUCAAAUGGAAAUUUCCCUGAGGAAUUGUUUAUACCUGAAAAACAUCCAACCUUAGGUUGGGUUUGCAAAAUCUGUGGGAUGUCAUUCAGUUUCCAAACAAAUCUCACACGCCACCAUAGAAACCAACACAGAAAACCACCAACACGACGCUCACGAAGUGGUGGCAACUCAAGAUCCCUCGAAAGGCUGCCAUUGCAUGACUCCAGCCCAAACACAAUUCCCUCUAGGCCUCAUAGUGAAUCCCGCCUCCAUAGUGAGAAAUCUAGCUAUAGCGAACAUUAUACAGAUCAUCAUGAACGUGAAAGGUAUGAAGAUAGAUCAAAGACUAGUGAUAAGAGGACAGAGGGGAAUGACAAAGAGGUUCCAUCUUCUCAAGGAGGUCAGAACAACACAGAGAAAGCCAACUGUUGCAAGAUAUGCUACAAGACAUUUGGAAGUAAAGUGCUUCUCCAUCAACAUAUAAAGACUCACAAAUCAACAAUCAGGUGUGGACAUUGUCAGAAAACAUUCAAAUCAGCCUAUGAUUUGAAGAUUCACAAAUACCGUCUACAUGCAUCUUCUGGGCCAAGAAUCCACAACUCUAGGAAUGGGAAAACAGGAGCAGGUAAACCAGAAGCAGUGAGUAAUAAGGCCUCAUCAGGAGAAUCUACCAUUCCUGAUCAGUUUAAUUGUAAACUUUGUUCGAUGGACUGCAAAACCAACAACGCACUUUUACGGCACAUGAAACUUCGACAUCCAGAACCGAGACAUAAGUGCGAGGAUUGUAAUAAAUCAUUUGGAAUACGCUAUCUCCUGAAGUCACACCAAGCUAAACAUCACAAGAAGCAACACACAAACGCAACUGGUCACAAUUCUGGAGUAUCCACAAAUAUUGUUGGCCAAAACUCUGUUGUAUCCACAUACACUGGUGGUCAAAACUAUGGAGUAUCCACAUACACUGGUGGCCAAAACUCUGGAGUAUCCACAUACACUCCAGGCCAAAACUCACAAAGGAAUGAAGCUGACAGUUCAAGUAAAGCUGGUAUACUGGAAGUAGAGUGUCAGUUAUGUAGAGUUGUGUUCAGUUCACAUGCUGAUCUAUAUUGGCACAUCAAGGACCUUCAUGAAGUUCAGCCAUCCAUUUCACACAAUGAACAAUCAAGCAUGAGACAAAAACACAAUGCACAACCAGGCAUUGGACAAAAACACAAUGCACAACCAGGCAUGGGACAAAAACACAAUGCACAACCAGGCAUGGGACAAAAACACAAUGCACAACCAGGCAUGGGACAAAAACACAAUGCACAACCCAAUCCAAGAAUAAUCCAAUCGCAGAGUGUUUAUUCAAAUCCAAGCCAACCACAAAAUUUUGAACCAUUAAAUGGGCAAUCUUGUCAUGUGCAAUCAACCAUGGGACAACCAUUGAAUAUACAAACACAAGAUCAAGUCACAUUCCAAGAGAAAUCUCAUAUGCCACAGAUAUCCAAGGGUCAGACACAUAACGUGCAAACUAUUAAUAUGAUAUUACAUGAGGGUCAUUUACAUGAACACAACAAACAACUUCAUACAAAACAAAGAAACAAUCAUGAAGAACAACCACUCAUUAAUGAACAAACCCAAUCAAUGCAACCACAAUCAACACAAGCACAAUCACACUCAACACAACACAUAUUAGGACAAACAGAAUCACAACCAUCUCAUUACAUAUCACAACAAGAAACUAAAGACACAGAAUCCAAAAAUGAUACACCUAUAAAAUUCACCAAAAAUGUUGACAGGUCGGGACAUUUUAGUAUCGAGUCCCCUUUACUGGGAGAGUUCACUUCACCAAUUAGUUCAAGCACCCCUGAUCCUAGUAAAUUCGUGCCAGUAAAAUAUAGGCAUUUGAACACUGCACGUGGGGUGUAUAAUGUUCACCUCUCUAAGGGGUCUGAAAACCUUGGCCUUGACACCCCAAAGGGAACCAAGCAUUUGCCUGUAUCCCAACACAAGUUCGUCAAUGAAAAAGAUUCGUGA